AUGAGGACCGAAUAUGGUGGUUUUGAAGAGGUUGGUGCAACUGCUGUGGACUGCAAGAAUUUUAAAAGAGAUUUAAACUGUUUCAUUGGAGAAUACGACGCUGAAAUGAUUGUUCAAAGAUUGACCAAUAAGAAAGAAUAUCUGCGGGAUUUUUCAUUUGAAUAUACUGUAGAUUCAAAUGGUUGUUUGACAGGGUUAUUUUGGGCAGAUGAAGUUUCUAAACAGAAUUAUUUGGUUUUUGGUGAUGUAAUAUCAUUUGAUGCAACUUUCAAAACGAACAAAUACAAAAUGGUUUUUGUUCCGUUCACUGGCAUUGAUAAUCAUUUUCAUAAUGUGAAUCUUGGAGCUGGUCUAAUUGCAAAAGAAACUACUGAGUCUUAUGUGUGGUUAUUGACAUGUUUUUUGAAUGCAUUUGGUCAUCAACCAAAGGUUGUAGUUACGGAUCAAGAUGCCGCUAUGAAGGCAGCAAUUGAAACUGUUUUCACGGAUAGUAGACAUCGAUUAUGUAUGUGGCAUAUUAUGAAGAAAGUAGCGGAUAAGGUUGGGAAUGUAUUGUGUAAUGAUGAUACUUUUAAACGUCGUGUUUGCAAUAUUGUGUGGACAGAUGCAAUUGAACCUGAAAUGUUUGAGAAGGAAUGGCAAGAAAUAAUUCAUGACUUUGGUCUUUUACAGAAUAUUUGGUUAGAAAGUAUGUUUGACUUAAGAUCGAUGUGGAUUCCUGCUUUUUAUCGUGAUGAACCUAUGUCAGGGCUUAUGCGUACUACUUCAAGGUCUGAAAGUGAAAAUCAAUUUUUUGGUAGUGUUUCAAACUCGCAAUUGACUCUUGUAGAGUUUUUUAGUCAUUUUGAUAUGGCAAUUGAAGCUCAAAGAUAUAAUCAUCGAAAAAAUGAUCAUGAUACGCGUAAUACUGAGUAUGAUAAUUGGACUGAUUCUCCUCUUGAAGUACAUGCUCAUAAGUUGUAUACUAGGGCCAUAUUUUUUGAUGUUCAAGAAGAGAUCCUUGCUAGUUUUGAGAAAUGUUUUUCAGUUAAUGUCAAAGAAGAAGGAGAGAAUGCAAGGUUCUUUAUUAGAGAUAUUUCGGCUUUUGGAAAUGGGUUCUUUGAGGUAUUAGCUAAAGUUGAUGAUGAAUUUUCUGCUUCGUGUUCUUGUAAAAGAUUUGAGCAAUACGGGUUAUUAUGUCGACAUGUUUUCCUUGUCAUUCGAAUGUUUGAAAUUGAAGAAAUUCCUGAAAAGUACAUUUUGAGGCGUUGGAGAAGGGAAGCAGUUAGAAAUAGAGCCAAUUGUUCUUUUUUUGCGGAAGAUAGUUCGAAUGUCAAUAUUGAUGAGGCAAAUCAGGUUGUUCGCGAGAUUAUGCUUGCUAGUGAAUGCCUUUGUAAUCGAUUUUUUUCAAAUAAUGAAGAACUGAUCAAGAUUAGAGAUGAACUGAAAGGAAUGAUUCAAAAGGCAGAUGAGAGUAGUAAGACUGGGCUGGUUUUUUAA